CGCGGAUUAAUUUCAAUGGCUCGUCAAUGUCUUCAUUUUGCCUGGAAGAGGUAUGUCGCGCUAUUUCUCUGUCUUUCUUCCAUCAUGGACACGGCAACCACGGUCACUCAUUAUUCUGUUCCGGAGGAAAUGGAUGAAGGAUCCGUUGUUGCGAAUUUAGCGACUGAUUUAGGAUUAGAUGUAAGGAGUCUGAACAAAAGAAAAAUGCGAGUGGACGUGGUAGGCAACAAGAAGUAUAUUGACAUCAACAAAGACACUGGGGAGCUUUUUAUUUUGGAAAGGAUUGACAGGGAGUUCCUUUGUUCUCUCAAGACAGCUAUGGCGUGUUUUCUAAGAUUAGACGCAACAAUUGAAAACCCGGUGCGCAUGUUUAACAUUGAAGUAGAAAUAUUGGACAUAAACGAUAACGCUCCUCAAUUUAGAAGAGGAACGAUGCAUUUAGACAUCUCAGAGUCCAGCCCUGUUGGAGAGAGAUUCUCCCUGAAUAACGCUGCAGACCCGGAUGUCGGAGCAAAUUCUGUGAAAAAUUACCACCUGAGCGCAAGUGACCAUUUUGCUAUUGAAAUUCAGACCGGGAGAGACGGGACAAAGUUUGCUGACUUGGUUCUGAAAAAGGCUCUGGACAGAGAACAGCAGGCUGUUCAUAACCUGAUUCUGACUGCUGUGGACGGCGGGGUGCCCACGCGCACAGGUACAGCCAGCAUCAUUGUUCGCGUGCUCGACGUGAACGACAACGCCCCUUCAUUUGACAAAGACAAGUACGUAGUAGAUGUGAUGGAGAACUCUCCCAUUGGCAGCUUAGUAAUCAAACUGAAUGCUACUGAUUUAGACGAAGGGCCCAAUUCUGACGUUGUUUAUUCAUACAGUUUAUACACAUCAGAGAGAACACAGAUGAUGUUUAACCUGAAUCCAGGAAAUGGUGAAAUCAAAGUGAAAGAAAUGAUAAAUUAUGAAGAUUUUAAACUUUAUGAGAUGGAGGUAAUAGCCAGUGACAAGGGGCCUAACUCCUUAUCUGGACAGUGUAGAGUGACGAUCCAGGUGACUGAUAUGAAUGACAACCACCCUGAAAUCUCCAUUAAAUCAUUUCAGAGUCCAGUGAAAGAGAAUGUGGCUACAGAGACAGUGAUAGCUGUAGUUAGUGUCAGUGAUAAAGACUCAGGUGAUAAUGGAGUGGUUGAUCUUCAUAUUCCAGACAACAUGCCUUUCAAACUGAGGGAGUCCUCUGAUAACUAUUAUGAGUUAGUGGUGUCAGAGCCACUAGACCGAGAGAAGGUCCCAGAAUAUGAAAUCACUUUCACUGUGACAGACAGGGGGUCUCCUCCUUUAUCUGAUAAUGAAACUAUGACUUUGGAGCUGCUGGAUGUUAAUGAUAAUGUUCCACAGUUCCCCCAGUUAUUUAAUACUAUACGUGUUAUGGAGAAUAAUGCACCUGGAGCCUUGCUCAGCUCGCUCACUGCAUUUGACCCUGACCUCCAUGAAAACCAGUAUCUAGUUUAUUUCAUCAUAGAGAGGGAGAUUGCCAACACCUCUAUGUCCAUGCUGUUCUCCAUCAAUCCAGAGAACGGGAACCUUUACGCACUGAAAACCUUUGACUAUGAGAUUGAGAAGGAGUUUCUUUUUCACAUUGAGGCCAGAGACUCUGGUUCUCCUCCUCUCAGCAGUAACGUGACCGUUCACAUCAUCAUUGUGGACCAAAAUGACAACGCUCCAGUUAUUGUCUCUCCAUGGCGCGCUCAUGGCUCAGUGGUGGAGGAGAAGAUCCCCAGAUCCACUGAUAAAGGCUCCCUGGUGGCUAAAGUGAUCGCCUUAGACACAGACUCUGUGCACAACUCUCGGAUUACCUACCAGUUUCUGCAGGUGACUGAUGCUUCCUUGUUCAGUCUGGACCAAUACAACGGAGAGAUCCGGACUAUGAGGAUGUUCAGUUACAAAGACUCACGCCACCACAGACUGGUUGUUGUUGCCAAGGACAACGGGGAGCCUGCUCUCUCUGCUACAGUCACCAUCAAGCUGCUGACAGUGGAGACUGAUGUUAAGGCCUACUCUGACAUGACUGAGAUGCCUCUGGAAUAUGACAUCUUUUCAGACAUAAACCUGUAUCUGGUCAUCGGUCUGGGCUCGGUGUCAUUUCUCCUGCUCAUCACCAUACUGGUCACCAUCGUGCUGAAGUGUCAGAAACCCAAACCCAGCAAAGCUGCUCCUCCCAGCAGGAACAGCGUGAUCAGUGAGAGGAACUCCACCAUUGCAGACUCCACUCUGGUCUCCAACGAUGCCUACUGGUACAGUCUGUUUCUAGCAGAGACCAGGAAAGGAAAGCUGGUGGUUAGACAGCCUGUGCCAAAGGGCUCCAGAUACAUCGUGUCCAGCAUCCCGAGAGGGACAGGACUGUCAGAGACUAGUGACUCAGCAGCUUCUACUCUGCAGUACCCUAAAUGAGGAAGGUCCACCCAGCAGCUGCAGGCCUCCACUACAAGCAGCAGCAGCUCCAAGUAAUCCCAAUCCUUCAGCUGUGGAUCGGAUCUUUCACAGAAAAACCAUAAUGGAAGAAAAGAGGAAUCCCUUCUGAUAUCCACCCCCACGUCUAUGUUCUCCACCGUCUUGAUCCUGUUCAUUACUCUGUGCCGUCAUUAUGCAACAUAAAUGGACCAGACCCGAAAACAUACCCCUGCACCACCUCAUUCUUCGAGCACAUGAAAAGCAGAUCAACAACGUCCUGAUGUCCAUUCCUAUAUGCAUGAAUAGACUGCAUGGCUUCAACUAUAUUUAAAAAACUGCCAUUCAAUAUAUUUUAAAGAGGUGCUACUGACAAAUGAAAAGAUUGUAAACAAAAGUAUGCACUUCUCAAUAUGUAUAGAAGCCACAACAAGGACUCCAGAGUGGACAUGGGAAGGUUAACAUGCCUUUAAGAGACUUUUUACAUUUAGUAGAAAGAAGCACAUGUUGGAUGCUACAGUCUAAUCCAUUGUGCCCUGUUUUGCUCCAUACAAACACUGAUGUAUAAUAUAAGCAACCUGAGAAAUAAAAUCCAGCACAAAUAACUAAACGUCCAUAAAACAAUGGACAAAAUGAAAAGUAAUUAUAAGUGGAAUCAGAGUUUGUUUAGCUGUUUUAUAAGUUAGAUAGGCCUAAAUAUAUGAAAGUGCCAAGUUCUUUGUAAGUACAAAUGAGUAAGAGUGAGACCUUCACCCAUCAUGCCUUUCAGUUGUUUUUUGUGCAUGGAGUAAUAGAGCAACAAGUAUCAAAGAUAUUGUUUUUUGCAAUUGGGGCAAACAUAUUUCAGUUGGAGUUUAUGGGACCAGAAUCAUUGAGUGCAAUGAUUUGUUGCCUUGUUUCUAGUUUAAGAUGAAGCAGCACAAUGACAAUUUAAUUGAUUUACAAAGGUAACAUUUCUCAUAACAUAAAGCUUAAAUCUAACUAUCUUGAAGGUUUUGGAUACUUCAUUAUUAAAGGAGUCUUGAGGUUUCAGUGAGUGAGUGACCAUAAGAGAACAGACUGACUUGUUCUUAUAUGAACUGUAUAUAUAUUAGAAAUGGUAAUAAAUUUGUUUUAUUUUUUCUUAUUUUGUAAUCUAAACUCUGAAUUUAGCUUAUUUUCAGUUUAUUCAGUGGUGCAACAUGUUAAACCUUUAAUGUUUACAAAAUAGGAACAAACUACUGUACCAGUGUUUUUUUUUUACCCAAUGAAAACUGUGUUUAUGUAUUUUACAAUAUUAUGUCUCCUUAAAGAGGUCAUCAAUUUGAACACACAUGCAACUGAUGUAAAAAAUGAAUCAUAUGCCUGUUUAUGCCUUUGUAUCAUUAGCACAGGGCUUUUAGGCCUCUUUAAUGUGAACAGAAUUAUGUGCCAUUAGAUUUCAGUCCGCCUGAGUAUGCACGUAUACAACAACCAUGUUGUCAAACUCUUUAGUACAGUUUGUGUUUCUAGUUAGAAGGUGUAAUGUGGUAAAUCAAAACAUAUACUCAAUAGUAAGUGUUUUUGUACAGUGUUACUUUCACAGUGCAACACAUAGUGUCAGUUAACUGUAUGCUGUGGUCUGUAUGAAUUGCUAAAUAAAAUAUAAAAAGAUUUCA